AUCUCUUUUUUAGCUAAUGGUUCUUACCAACCCGGUAUGGAACCGAAGCGUCAACGCACUGCCUACACUCGCCACCAGAUACUCGAAUUGGAAAAGGAGUUCCACUACAAUCGUUAUCUAACACGACGAAGACGCAUCGAAAUCGCCCACACGUUGGUGUUGUCAGAGCGACAAAUAAAAAUCUGGUUUCAAAACCGACGUAUGAAAUGGAAAAAAGAUAAUAAGCUGCCAAACACGAAGAAUGUUCGAAAGAAGACUGUCGAUGCAAAUGGUAAUCCUACACCGUUAGCGCCAAAGAAACCAAAAAGAGUCAGCGCGAAGAAACAGGCACAACAGCAACAACAACAAUUACAGCAAAACAGUUCACAACAACCACAACCACCUCCCGUUAUUAAUGAGUGCUUACGAUCGGAUAGCUUAGAAAGUAUUGGUGACGUCAACUCCUCGCUGGGAAAUGCGACCUACAUGGCUGUACCGAAUGAUGCAACUAAUUUGCUUUCCGGCGGUACACAUUCCCAGCAUCCAUGCAAUAACAACAACAACCACGGUAAUGGCAAUUACAAUGGAUCUCAACAACAGCAACAAAUGCCAAAUAAUCAUGCGAAUGGUGGUAUUAAUGGUGUAUCAGGCAGUUUGCAGUCUACAUCCAAUACGAACAAUAAUCAAAUGCAUCCGAACCUACUUCCCGCCGCUCAACAUACACAUGCAACACUACCGCCACCAACACAGCAACUGGAUAUGAUGCCGAAUCUGCAGCAUAUUAAACAGGACUAUGAUCUGACCACGCUGUAGAAGUUAAGGGUAUGGGUUAGACAUUCGGGUUAGGGUUAUUAUUUGUUUUCAUAAUGGAUGUUGAAUAUAUAUGUUUUUUGUACAAUUUAAUAUUUUAGGAGCCAAUAGCAAAAAGAAGUAAGAAAUCAGUUGCCCAUUUGUACUAAAGUGGUUAUACAAAAGUUACCUAAAUUCCUAAUAUUUAUUUAGAUAAUGUUAUUGUUAUUUAAAUAAUAAUAACUCUUAAUUGCUUGUAAAGUUAAUAAGUUAUUUAUAUAGUAUAUUGUGUUUGGAAUAGUUUCCGUUGAAUUAUGAAAUUAGUUGUAUGACACAAAAAAUAUAAUGAACACAAUGAUGAUUGAAGCCUCGUUAUAGAAAUUAACUCCCCUGCAAGAAUGUUUCCGAUCAUUUGAGCCAACAUAUAUCAGGAAUGCAUGGUGCAAUAUGCCGCCAUCUCGCAGAACGAUUUUCCUAUCACUUUCUUAAGGUCGAAAUGACAAAUGUCAUGUUUACAUAUGUAUACGU